AUGCAGCAGCAGCCAAUGAAAGGGCAGGAGAGCGGGUCCAGGGGCAAGGCUGAGGUUGGUGGGGUAAAGUGGAGGGGUGAGAGAGGUGACCCUGCCUCCCCCUCUCUCCCCCAGUCUCCCCCAUCUCUCCCCCAUCUCCUCCCUGCCUCCCCCUCUCACCCCCAGUCUCCCCCAUCUCUCCCCAGUCUCCCCCAUCUCCUCCCAGUCUCCCCCUCUCACCCCCAGUCUCCCCCAUCUCCUCCCAGCCCUCUUCCUAUCUUCCUGUUUCCAUCUGAACUUGUGUUCUACUCUGAUCAGAGGAGUUCCCACAGGAGAGUCCUGACUCUCUACAACCCUUACACCUUCACCAUCAGAUUCAAGAGUAAGAACCCUACCUACCUCUGACCUUUAACCCCUGACCUGUUGUGAACAUCUCUGUAUUCUGUGGUAAAGGCAGAGAGCAGUCUGAGAGCCAAGUCCUGCGUUGACCUUUAACCCCUGACCUCUCUCUCUCUAUAGUGUUGUGUACAGCCCCAUCGCUGUAUUCAGUGGUGGAGGCAGAGGGCAGUGUCAGAGCCAAGUCCUGUGUUGACCUGUGAGUAUCAUUAAGCAUAAUACAAAUACAACGCACUAUGUAGUGCUUACAGUGGGGGAAAAAAAGUAUUUAGUCAGCCACCAAUUGUGCAAGUUCUCCCACUUAAAAAGAUGAGAGAGGCCUGUAAUUUUCAUCAUAGGUACACGUCAACUAUGACAGACAAAUUGAGGAAAAAAAAAUCCAGAAAAUCACAUUGUAGGAUUUUUAAUGAAUUUCUUUGCAAAUUAUGGUGGAAAAUAAGUAUUUGGUCACCUACAAACAAGCAAGAUUUCUGGCUCUCACAGACCUGUAACUUCUUCUUUAAGAGGCUCCUCUGUCCUCCACUCGUUACCUGUAUUAAUGGCACCUGUUUGAACUUGUUAUCAGUAUAAAAGACACCUGUCCACAACCUCAAACAGUCACACUCCAAACUCCACUAUGGCCAAGACCAAAGAGCUGUCAAAGGACACCAGAAACAAAAUUGUAGACCUGCACCAGGCUGGGAAGACUGAAUCUGCAAUAGGUAAGCAGCUUGGUUUGAAGAAAUCAACUGUGGGAGCAAUUAUUAGGAAAUGGAAGACAUACAAGACCACUGAUAAUCUCCCUCGAUCUGGGGCUCCACGCAAGAUCUCACCCCGUGGGGUCAAAAUUAUCACAAGAACGGUGAGCAAAAAUCCCAGAACCACACGGGGGGACCUAGUAAAUGACCUGCAGAGAGCUGGGACCAAAGUAACAAAGCCUACCAUCAGUAACACAAUACGCCGCCAGGGACUCAAAUCCUGCAGUGCCAGACGUGUCCCCCUGCUUAAGCCAGUACAUGUCCAGGCCCGUCUGAAGUUUGCUAGAGUGCAUUUGGAUGAUCCAGAAGAGGAUUGGGAGAAUGUCAUAUGGUCAGAAUAUAACUUUUGGGUAAAAACUCAACUCGUCAUGUUUGGAGGACAAAGAAUGCUGAGUUGCAUCCAAAGAACACCAUACCUACUGUGAAGCAUGGGGGUGGAAACAUCAUGCUUUGGGGCUGUUUUUCUGCAAAGGGACCAGGACGACUGAUCCGUGUAAAGGAAAGAAUGAAUGGGGCCAUGUAUCGUGAGAUUUUGAGUGAAAACCUCCUUCCAUCAGCAAGGGCAUUGAAGAUGAAACGUGGUUGGGUCUUUCAGCAUGACAAUGAUCCCAAACACACCGCCCGGGCAACGAAGGAGUGGCUUCGUAAGAAGCAUUUCAAGGUCCUGGAGUGGCCUAGCCAGUCUCCAGAUCUCAACCCCAUAGAAAAUCUUUGGAGGGAGUUGAAAGUCCAUGUUGCCCAGCGACAGCCCCAAAACAUCACUGCUCUAGAGGAGAUCUGCAUGGAGGAAUGGGCCAAAAUACCAGCAGCAGUGUGUGAAAACCUUGUGAAGACUUACAGAAAACGUUUGACCUGUGUCAUUGCCAACAAAGGGUAUAUAACAAAGUAUUGAGAAACUUUUGUUAUUGACCAAAUACUUAUUUUCCACCAUAAUUUGCAAAUAAAUUCAUAAAAAAUCCUACAAUGUGAUUUUCUGGAUUUUCUCAUUUUGUCUGUCAUAGUUGACGUGUACCUAUGAUGAAAAUUACAGGCCUCUCAUCUUUUUAAGUGGGAGAACUUGCACAAUUGGUGGCUGACUAAAUACAUUUUUUUCCCCACUGUAUGAAGGCUCUAUGGGGCACUGUAAAGCCUUUAUAAGUGGUUAUUGGUUUUAGUGGGAAUAGCAGAGAGUUGAAAUGACAUCCUAUUCCCUGGCCUUUAUAGAGCACUACUUUAGACCAGGCCCCAUAGGGAAUAGGGUGCCAUAGAGCACUACUUUCGACCAGGCCCCAUAGGGAAUAGGGUACUCUGCGUAGGGAAUAGGGUGCCAUUUGGGACUCAACCUGAGACUUCCUGUCCUCUGACCUGACUUCCUCUUUCUCCUCACAGAGUGGUGCGUCACCAAGAUGUGUCCCCCCGCCACUGGGGCAGGAGAGAUCGGUUCCGCCUGGAGGUGUCCGGGGCAGGGCAGGGGGGGAAGCGGGAGGUGUGGGCUGAGCUCAGGGGGGGAGAGGCCACCUCCCAGAACAGACCCACUAGCCCCCUGAGACUCCCCACCCCCUCCCUCACCCCUCUACCUUACUUCACAGCGCCCCAGAAAGGUGAGUCACUUGGUUAACCCUCCAUAUCAGGGGGGGAGAGGACCCCCCCCAGGAACAGAUCCACUGACUCCCCACCCCGUCCCUCAACCUUGCUUCACAGCGCCCCAGAAAGGUUCUGUAGAGUUUUGUGGAAGGGUGCAUUUACACCAGGGUUGGGGUCAAUUCCUGAAGGCAGUCAGUUCAGGAAGUAAACUUAAAUAACAAUUUGAAAAAACAGCAUCUAUUUUCAAUGACUUCUCAUUAAACUGAGGAGUAAUGUAUUUCCAUGUGAAGGUGUGUAAAAUGAUGAUUUAUAUGUGAAAAUAUGUUAAGUGGCUUGAGGUUGUGCUAAACAACACACUAUAAGGCACAGUCAUACUCACCCGUUAGAUCUGCAUGCACCCUGAACCUUUUGAGACAAGAUUUCUCCUUCCUGAGGAAACGGUCACAUCUCAGACAACAUGUAUCAACUCUCUCCUUCCUGAGGAAACGGUCACAUCUCAGACAACAUGUAUCAACUCUCUCCUUCCUGAGGAAACGGUCACAUCUCAGACAACAUGUAUCAACUCUCUCCUUCCUGAGGAAACGGUCACAUCUCAGACAACAUGUAUCAACUCUCUCCUUCCUGAGGAAACGGUCACAUCUCAGACAACAUGUAUCAACUCUCUCCAUUAAAGAAACAGUCACAUCUCAGACAACAUGUAUCAACUCUCUCUCCCCUCUAGUUCGGAGACUGUCCCAGUUUGCAGUGUCGGUGGUGAUGGGGGUCGUGUGUGUUGCUUUCUUAAUGCUCCCCCUCCACUCUGAGCCCAACAGCUUGGUUCCUAGCUAUGCCCAUGUGACUGUCACACAGAAGCUGGUGUGUGCCUACGUACUGGGUAAG